ACAUGAGUAAAUGACGUCACCGUGUCGGCGGCGAGCAGUGCAACAAACAUGGCGAGAGAAUGGCGCGGCCGGCAGGGUUACGUCGUCGCGGUCCUGCUCCUCCUGUGCGGCGCCGACGGAGCUCGCUUGGAGGCGGCGUCCGACGGCGGCGGCGGCGGCAGCCAGGUGCUCGGCAUGCGGCUGGAGAGCAGCGACAAGCCCACCGGCACCGGCGAGGACGGCGUGCUGCAGGUGACGGAGGACAGCACGGUGCGGCUCCGCCUCUACGGGCUGCGGCUGCACGCCGCCGCCUGGACGCUGGUCCGCUUCACGGAGCUGGCGGCCGGCGACGAGGCGCCGGAGCGGACGUGCGCGGACUUCACGAAGGACAUCGCGGUCGGGACCUUCAUGAACGUCAGCGGCGCGGGCACGGCGGGGUUGCUGCGCGUGCACGUUAAGCCGCUGCGCAAGAGCGAGCCCAGCAAGGAGUACGCGCUGUGCACGCGCGGCCAGGCGGACGGCCCCUGGCUGCGGCUGGAGGACGGCGACGGCCGCGUCCUGGUCCUGGAGGAGAAGAAGCAUCUGCUGCCUCUCUGGCUGCAGCUCAUCCUCAUCUGCGGCCUGCUGCUCCUCUCCGGCAUGUUCAGCGGCCUCAACCUGGGCCUGAUGGCGCUGGACCCCAUGGAGCUGCGCAUCGUGCAGAGCUGCGGCACCGACAAGGAGAAGAAGUACGCCCGCAAGAUCGAGCCCAUCCGCAGCAAGGGCAACUACCUGCUGUGCUCGCUGUUGCUAGGCAACGUGCUGGUCAACACCACGCUCACCAUCCUCCUGGACGACCUGAUCGGCUCGGGUCUGGGCGCCGUGGUGGCCUCCACCGUGGGCAUCGUCAUCUUCGGCGAGAUCGUGCCCCAGGCGCUGUGCUCCCGCCACGGGCUGGCGGUGGGCGCCAACACCAUCGCCCUGACCAAGUUCUUCAUGCUCCUCACCUUCCCGCUCUCCUUCCCCGUCAGCAAGCUGCUGGACGUCCUGCUGGGCCAGGAGAUCGGCACCGUCUACAACCGCGAGAAGCUGGUGGGCAUGCUGAAGGUGACCGAGCCCUACAACGACCUGGACAAGGAGGAGCUCAACAUGAUCCAGGGGGCGCUGGAGCUGCGCACCAAGACCGUGGAGGACGUCCUCACGCCCCUGGCCGACUGCUUCAUGAUCCAGGCCCAGGCCGUGCUGGACUUCAACACCAUGUCCGAGAUCAUGGAGAGCGGCUACACCCGCAUCCCCGUCUACGACGAGGAGCGCUCCAACAUCGUGGACGUCCUCUACGUCAAGGACCUGGCCUUCGUCGACCCCGACGACUCCACCACGCUCAAGACCAUCACCAAGUUCUACAACCACCCGGUCCACUUCGUCUUCCACGACACCAAGCUGGACACCAUGCUGGAGGAGUUCAAGAAAGGUAAAUCCCACCUGGCCAUCGUCCAGAAGGUGAACAACGAGGGGGAGGGGGACCCCUUCUACGAGGUUCUGGGCCUGGUCACCUUGGAGGACGUCAUCGAGGAGAUCAUCAAGUCGGAGAUCCUGGACGAGUCGGACAUGUACACCGACAACCGCAACAAGAAGCGCGUGGACGCCAACAAGAACAAGCGCGACUUCUCGGCCUUCAAACACGAGGGCGACUGCCAGGCCAAGAUCUCUCCUCAGCUCAUGCUGGCCGCCCACCGCUUCCUGGCCACAGAGGUCAGCCUGUUUGCCGCCUUCCACGUGAGCGAGAAGGUCCUGCUGAGGAUCCUCAGACACCCCGACGUGGUUCAGGAGCUCAAGUUCAACGACAACGACAAGCGGGCGCCGCAGCACUUCCUGUACCAGCGAGGGAAACCUGUGGACUACUUCGUGCUCAUCCUGCAGGGCCGAGUGGAGGUGGAGGCAGGAAAUGAGAACAUGAAGUUUGAGACGGGGCCGUUCUCCUUCUAUGGUGUCAUGGCGCUCAGCAUGCCUUCACUAGCCGUCACCCCCCCUCUCUCCCCAUCGGUGGCGUCCCCCCCUCCGAGACGCCUCUCUCUAAAGAGGUUUUCAGUGUUCUCUCGUUUGCCAGAGUUCCGCUCCCCGUCCCACGGGGGCAACCUGAACCGCUCGGCGUCCAUCAGCUGUGGCGAGCGCGGUGCAGAGAGCUCCUCCAUCGGCGGCAGCAACACUCAGAUCUCAGGGACGCCCUACCAGUACAUACCGGACUUCUGCGUGCGCGCCCUGACAGACCUCCAGUUCGUCAAGAUCACUCGCUCUCAGUACCAGAAUGGCCUCUUGGCGUCCAGACUGGACAGCUCGCCGCAGUCGCCAGACGGCAGUCAAGGCCACCUGGACACGGCGGCCGCGCAGCUUCCCCCUCUCACCCCGCCGGGGACGGGCCCCUUGCUGCCUCUGGCCACGCCUCCCGUGAAGGGCCCGCCGCCUAAAGCCCAGCCGCCGCCCGCCGCCGCCGCCGCCCACGGUCCUCCGCCCAAAACCGCAGCAGCAGCCGUCGCUUCCUCCUUUGGACGGAGACCCAGCCAGUCUCUGCCCCAAGCCGCCGCCCUUCCCAGUAACCACGUCCCCCUCACCAUAACCCCCCGUCAAGCCACACCCCCCAGCGACCCCGACAAUCCUCCGGGAGAGACCACCACCCUGCUCAGCGAGCAGCACAACUGUGUGGAAGCCCGUAGACCCAGUCAGCACGCGCACGCCAUCGGUCACACACACACUGAAAGCACCAUCUAACACACACACACACACACACACACACACACACUGAAAGUACCAUCUAAAACACACACACAAACACACACACUUUUGUAUUUCUGACCUUCUUCAGACCUGAGAAAAAUGCCUACCUUUGUAGGACCAGCCUUUCUAGAUAUAUAAAGAUUUGUAUUUACAACAUUAAUAAUACAUACAUAUAAAAGGUAAGCUUUUAGUUAUUUUUUUAGUUUGUAAUUGGUUUUUACUCUUCAUUAUUUACUUCCAAUUAUUACAGUUUGUCUCUAUAUACAUAUUUAUUUGAUUAAUUUUGGCCAAAGGGGCCGCAUUUCAAUUUCUUACACACACUUGUUAUUUCAUAUGUUGACCAGAGGGGGGAGCACUUUUAAAAGCGACACGUAGUCAAUUUGACAAAGCCGUCCUUUCUGGGACCACCCUCAUGUUACACCAGCAGGGGUGCCAAUGAGACAUUGUCUAUUAGAUCAGUGGUCAACCAUCGAUUGGUACCGGGCCGCGGAAUAUUUUUUUAUUAUUAUUCAUUUAUUAUUUUUCUAUUUUUUUUUUUUUUUUAAUAUUUUUUAUUAAAUCAACAUAAAAAACACAAGAUACACUUACAAUUAGUGCACCAACCAAAAAAAAACUCCCUUUUUCAUGACAAAAAAAAAAUCCUCAUUGUAGGGGUCCAGACUGUGGCCAAGGGAAAAACAACCUCUUAGCCAUAGCACACAUAAACAUGUUACAUAGAAUCAACAAAACUUGCAACGGAGGAGAGGGAGUGGGAGCCACGGAGGCCGGCUGCUGCUGUAUAAAACAUUCUUUAAUAGAUGCAAUGGUUUUCCAUAUUGGGACCAUGAUUUUUGUCCUAACUUGUUCACACCUCCUCAUAUGGAGGCUACUUUUCCUUCUGGGUGUCUCAAGAAGGGUAGAACUACAAGAACACACACACCCCACCUUCUCUGCAUCAACACACACACUCACCCAUUCCAUUAUUUGGAAUUUGUUGAGCCAGACUUUGAAGGCAGGGCCUGCUCAUUGGCCCACACAAAAGUCACAUGACUCGUCAUACAAGCAUGGCCCCGCCCACUACUACCUACUCAGUGGUCUAGUGGUUAGAGUGUCCGCCCUGAGAUGGGUAGGUUGUGAGUUCAAACCCCAGCCGAGUCAUACCAAAGACUAUAAAAUGGGAGCCAUUACCUCCCUGCUUGGCACUCAGCAUCAAGGCUUGGAAUUGGGGGUUAAAUCACCAAAAAUAUUCCCGGGCUUGGCCACUGCUGCUGCUCACUGCUCCCCUCACUUCCCAGGGGGUGAUCAAGGGUGAGGGUUCAAAUGCAGAGGUUUUUUUUCGCCACACCGAGUGUGUGUGUGACAAUAAGUGGGACUUUAACUUAAACUUUACACCCCGCUCCUCACUUUUGACAUUGGUUCUUGUCGGGCGGGGCUCAGAUGUUGUUGAGCGGAACUCCUUAGAGCAGGGGUCACCAACGCGGUGCUCGUGGGCACCAGGUCGCCCGUAAGGACCAGAUGAGUCGCCCGCUGGCUUGUUCUAAAAAUAGCUCAAAUAGCAGCACUUACCAGUGAGCUGCCUCUAUUUUUUAAAUUGUAUUUAUUUACUAGCAAGCUGGUCGACAUUUUUAAUUCUAAGAGAGACAAAACUCAAAUAGAAUUUGAAAAUCCAAGAAAAUAUUUGAAAGACUUGGUCUUCACUUGUUUAAAUAAAUUCAUUUAUUUUUUUUACUUUGCUUCUUAUAACUUUCAGAAAGACAAUUUUAGAGAAAAAACACAACCUUAAAAAUGAUUUUAGGAUUUUUAAACACAUAUACCUUUUUACCUUUUAAAUUCCUUCCUCUUCUUUCCAGACAAUUUAAAUCAAUGUUCAAGUAGUUUAUUUUAUUUUUAUUGUAAAGAAUAAUAAAUACAUUUUAAUUUAAUUCUUCAUUUUAGCUUCUGUUUUUUCGACGAAGAAUAUUUGUGAAAUAUUUCUUCAAACUUAUUAUAAAUUGAAAUAAAAUAAAAAUAUUCUGGCAAAUCUAGAAAAUCUGUAGAAUCAAAUUUAAAUCUUAUCUCAAAGUAUUUUGAAUUUCUUUUAAAAUUUUUGUUCUGGAAAAUCAAGAAGAAAUAAUGAUUUGUCUUUGUUAAAAAUAUAGCUUGGUCCAAUUUGUUAUAUAUUCUAACAAAGUGCAGAUUGGAUUUUAACCUAUUUAAAACAUGUCAUCAACAUUCUAAAAUUAACUUUAAUCCGGAAAAAUUACUAAUGAUGUUCCAUAAAAUCUUCUUUUUACUUUUUCAAAAAGAUUCGAAUUAGUUAGUUUUUCUCUUCAUUUUUUUCGGUUGAAUUUUGAAUUUUAAAGAGUCGAAAUUGAAGAUAAACUUUGUUUCAAAAUUUAAUUGUCAUUUUUUUGCGUGUUUUCUUCUCUUUUAAACCGUUCAAUUAAGUGUCUUUUUCAUCAUUUAUUCCCGACAAAAAACCUUCCGUAAAAGGAAAAAAAUGUACGACGGAAUGACAGACAGAAAUACCCCUUUUUUUUAUAUAUAUAUAUAUAUAUAGAUUUAUUUAUUAAAGGUAAAUUGAGCAACUUGGCUAUUUCUGGCAAUUUAUUUAAGUGUGUAUCAAACUGGUAGCCCUUGGCAUUAAUCAGUAGCCAAGAAGUAGCUCUUGCUUUGAAAAAGGUUGGUGACCCCUGCUGUAGCGUUUAUUUCAAGUCGUGAUGAAUAAGCGGUAGGAAAUGGAUGGAUGGAUUUUCCAGGUGGUUCGACUUCUUCAUCACUGUGACGCCAGCUAACAUUUCCACUUAUUUGUCGAGAGCGUUCAAACAAAACAACGGCGGAGGGUUUCUUUGUGACGCGUGCUUAAAAAGGACGUGGGAUUUCAUUUUUAAGUAGGGAAUGGGACUGUGUUUUUUUGUUUUUGGGCCCGUUCAAUGUAGCGUAGCGUAGCUUAGCAUUCUUAGCGGAGAGACUUUACCUAGCUUAGACCGUAGCUUCUUUACAGAAUAGAACACUUCAGUUAGCGACACGAUGUACUUCAUUGCCAUUACUAGCACUUGUUUCCGCACUAAAAGGGAUUUUAUUUACUAUUUUUAUUCAUUUUUUUGUGGAAAAGAGCUUUAGCAAAGCUAAUUGGUAACAUUAGCUGGCUGAGCUAAGCCGUCCUCUGGGCGCUAGCUUCAUAUUUAACCAACAGAUGUGUCUUUUAUAUUUAUUAACUCUCCAGGUUAACUAUUGUUAGCAUGUUAGCGCACAAAGACAUUCCAAUGCAUGUCUCCACAACUUGCUAGCCCUCUUUUAGCCUGUUUGUGCGACACUGGAACCCUUCCAUUGUGUGUGUUUGCUUGUGUCGCUCGAUCUCAGAGGCCGCCAGCAUGUGAUCUCUAACACACUCAAAGCUAUUUAUGAUAUUGUGAAGAUUAUUUUUUGCUGGGACUGAAAGGUAAAGUUAUUUAUUUUAAAGGCGCCACUUGAAGUGAAGAUUCCAAAGCUUGAACUCGACAACAGGUUUCGAGUCUCGGGCUCGGUCGGACGGAUGUUUCCGCACUUUAAAUGCUGUGUCCGUUGAAGCGGGAGCAUGUGAUGUCAGUCUGUCUGUCAGGUUCAAACACCGAUGACAAUUUAUUAAACAAGACCAGAAGCAAGGAAUCAGAGACAGGAUUCAAUUGAGCUCAGGGGUCACCAACGUGGUCGCCCGUAAGGACCAGAUGAGUUGCCCGCUGGCCUGUUCUAAAAAUAGCUCGAAAAUAGCAGCACUUACCAGUGAGCUGCCUCUAUUUUUUUAAAUGUUAUUUAUUUACUAGCAAGCUGGUCUCGCUUUGCUCGACAUUUUUAAUUCUAAGAGAGACAAAACUCAAAUAGAAUUUGAAAACACAAUAGAUAAUAUUAUGAUGGCAUAUACCAACCAGAAGCAACAACAUACCCCAAUACUGCAAUAACACAAUAGAUAAUAUUAUGAUGGCAUAUACCAACCAGAAGCAACAACAUACCCCAAUACUGCAAUAACACAAUAGAUAAUAAGUGUUGUGCUGCCUCUAUUUUUUUAAAUGUUAUUUAUUUACUAGCAAGCUGGUCUCGCUUUGCUCGACAUUUUUAAUUCUAUGAGAGACAAAACUCAAAUAGAAUUUGAAAAUCCAAGAAAAUAUUUUAAAGACUUGGUCUUCACUUGUUUAAAUAAAUUCAUUUAUUUUUGUACUUUGCUUCUUAUAACUUUCAGAAAGACAAUUUUAGAGAAAAAAUACAACCUUAAAAAUGAUUUUAGGAUUUUUAAACACUUAUGCCUUUUUACCUUUUAAAUUCCUUCCUCUUCUUUCCUGACAAUUUAAAUCAAUGUUCAAGUAUUUUUUUUCUUUUUUAUUGUUGUAAAGAAUAAAAAAUACAUUUUAAUUUAAUUCUCCAUUUUAGCUUCUGUUUUUUCAACGAAGAAUAUUUGUGAAAUAUUUCUUCAAACUUACUAUGAUUAAAAUAAAAAAUAAAUAUUCUGGCAAAUCUAGAAAAUCUGUAGAAUCAAAUUUAAAUCUUAUUUGAAAAGUCUUUUGAAUUUCUUUUCAAAUUUUUGUUCUGGAAAAUCUAAAAGAAAUAAUGAUUUGUCUUUGUUAGAAAUAUAGCUUGGUCCAAUUUGUUAUAUAUUCUAACAAAGUGCGGAUUGGAUUUUAACCUUUUUAGAACAUGUCAUCAAAAUUCUAAAAUUAAUCGUAAUCAGGAAAAAUGACUAAUGAUGUUUGAUAAAUUUUUUUUUAAAAAGAUUCGAAUUUGGUAGUUUUUCCUCUUCAUUUGUUUUGGUUGAAUUUUGAAUUUUAAAGAGUCGAAAUUGAAGAUAAACUGUUUCAAAAUUUAAUUUUCUUUUUCUUCCUGUUUUCUCCUCUUUUAAACCGUUCAAUUAAGUGUUUUUUUCAUCAUUUAUUCUCUACAAAAAAACCUUCCGUAAAAGGAAAUAAAAUAUUCGACGGAAUGACAGACAGAAAUACCCAUUUUUUUAUAUAUAUAGAUUUAUUUAUUUAUUAAAGGUAAAUUGAGCAACUUGGCUAUUUCUGGCAAUUUAAGUGUGUAUCAAACUGGUAGCCCUUUGCAUUAAUCAGUACCCUAGAAGUAGCUCUUGCUUUCAAAAAGGUUGGUGACCCCUGAUUUAGCUCACGCUCUGACGAAAGGAUUCCAUGCAUCCUCCUUUAUUUGGGCUGAUUACAGGGGAUGGGGGUCAUAAACAGCUGCUGCACUCGGUCAUAAACAGUUCAAAGGUGCCUGCCUCUAUGCUUUGCAGACCUCGGGUCAUGACAAGGUCUUCCUGUGGCUGUCCAAUAGAUCAAAGAAACCGACACCUCCACGUCGCAUCCCAUCGCACACAGUGGAGUUUUGCAAGCGAUGAUGAGAUCAAAGACAGCUUUUGUCCUCUCGCAGGGCGACCUGAACUCCUGGGACCACAAAGCUGCGUGAUAACAUGGACAUAAAUAUUCUGACUUUGUCCUGUCGUCGACGCUCACUGGGACACUCCUUUCAUGGACUGAACCACUAAAGCACAAUACUUCGAGAGCUGGAGUCUUGGCAUCUGGCUGGUUUUUCAGAGGCAAUGGUGUGGACGACGGGUUCUCCACAUGUCGGGUUCUAUUGGGCGGGACCCGGUAACCCCACGAGUAGCCUUAGCGAGGGUCCGCGUAGCCUGGGGCCGCCCUGUUGUGGUCUCCACCAACGGCAGGUUGACUACUGUGAAAUACUUUUUUGUUUGCACUGAAAGAAAGGAGCUUCCAGUUGUGUGAAGAACGUAUGAUAUACAAUAUAUUUAUCUAUUAUUAUGGGAUGGUACAUGAGCAAUAAACACAAGCUUUGACCUCACGCUAUCCUUCUCAUCCUCUAGCAACGUUAAGAUAACCAAAGCUAAAGUUAUCCUUUUCCUGACAUGCUCAUAAAGGGUACAAAUGCAGUUCUCUCCCCCGGCAUGUUCCCCGUCUCCAUCCUCUCCUCGCAAUAGAGUAACGAACCGAACGCGGACUGAUUUCGUCCUGGCAUUCGUUGACGUGUUUGGAUUAUUUGCUCCUUGUCAGCCGUGUCUGCGGGCCGGGGUCACUUCCAAAGGUGGAGUGUGUGCAAUGUGUACAUAUUUGCUGGUUUUUUUUAAGGUGUCUGAAGAAUCUAUGAGGGUGAAUAAAGGUGACUUCUAUUUCUGUACAGAAGGUGGGUGUGGCCUUAUUCCACCUGCACGACUCAUCCCAGACGGUCUGGGAACUUUGCAGCCAACCUGCUUCCUGCUUAUCAGCGCAGAGGAAACACGGCAGUCUGGGGAACAUAAUCCACGCUUUGUUGCCACCAAGGUCACAUUCUUUGGCUUUUGGAAAGUCUUCGCU